CUACGUUUCUGAUCUAAUUAAACUUUAAUUUUUAGUUAAUGACUAACACUACCAUGAACCCUCAUGACGUUAUGUCCCGCGAAUCACGUGAUCCCUUUAACGUUGCUCAGCUGUCAAUUUUAAGCUACUUAAAGUUUUAUCAUUUCUCACCAAAUGAUAACAAUUUUUAUCUUGUAACUUGUACAAUCAUCCCGCAAGAUUCUUCUUUUGAUGAUCAAGGUCGUCAUAAUCACGAAUUCUUUUACCAGCAUCCAAAUGAUUCUUCUACAGAAUAUUACGUCACGUGUAACUUACUUUCACACUCUUUAGUAGAAAAUAUUUUAAAUGGAUUUCGUGGAUUAGAAUUUGAUUUCGAAUCAUUAUCUAUAUAUCAAAAACUCAAUCUUGAACAAACCCUGAAACAAAAACUAAAAAAGCUUUUCUGUCAACACUAUGAUAGAAACGCAACAUUUCAUGAUAAUAUUGGGAAUCAUUUAAUUACAACACAACCCGUUCCAAUGGCAAAUAUUCAAAAUUAUAAUAAUGAUAGUAUUACUCAACAUGGGUUGGGUGAUACUUAUUAUAAUACCACUAAUACCACUGCUGCUCAUCCACAGCAACAAAUUGAUUUUAAUAAUUUUUCGUAUAAUUUCACAAAUCGUUCAAUUUAAAGUUUAUAUAAGAAAAAUUCGGCAAAAUUUCACGUAUAUCAUUCGCAAUCAAUUUAAAUUUUUUUAGGCAAAAUCAGUUUUAUUAGAGUUUUUAUCAUUUCGGUUUAGCAUUCAAUUCAUAAAUAUAGAAUAUAUAGAAUCGUAGUAAAUUAAGAAAAAAAUUGGCAUUGAAUAACGCUUAAUUCCAUUUUAACGCCGGUCGUCACAAUCGGAAAUUUAUUUAUUCCCUUAAUUCGUUUUUUUUUUUAUAUUAUCAUUCGUUCGCGAGGAAAUCACAAACUUUAUCUUUUU